GUGGAUAAAAGCCAAAUGGAUCUAUAUUCUGAUGUUUUCUCCAUCCACAUGCAGACUAUAUUGGCUGAGCCGGGAGAUGCACGGCGUUUACCUACAAACCUUGAUGUGUUGGCUUCUGAUGUUCACUCAAAGGUGGAGUUCUACAAAAAUGCCUAUAUGGACUGCAUUGGCAUCAAUAAUGCGCUUCACGGUGUCAUGGAAGAAAAAGGAAAGCUCCAGGUAGAACAGAAAGCGGUGGUGCAACUUGCUGCUGAAAAGGACAAGCUGAUCGCUGAACUGAAUACUCAAAAGGACCAUCUGACUACCAGGAAUGAAGAACAGGCAGCAGAGAUCGAAUCCCUAAAGGAACAGCUCAGUGAAAGGGAGUCCAGCCAGGCACUACUGGCACUGAAGGGAAGUGGUCUUCAGAGUACCCAGUCGGGAAAAGUGUAUAUCAGAUCAAAGAAGAAACGACAACAACAUUCUGAUGGCAGUGGUGAAGAUGCAGAUUAUCAAGGUUUAAGCACUGAGCUUGAGGCUGCUAAAAAUGAACUGUCUGAUAUCCACUCUAAGCUUAUCAAGGGUUUUAUUGAUAUCAGUAGUACUGGAGGCAGGAAUAUUGCAAUAAAGAACAUAGGCCAACUGAGAAACAAGCCAUUCCUACAGGCAUGCCUUAAGAAGCUUACUCCCAAAGAAGCUCUAGAAAAAGCUUCUGAGCUGUACAAUUUUUGGCAGAAGCAACUGCUGAACCCAGACUGGAAGCCAUCCAAGACUCUCAUGGAUGAAGGUAUCUCGAAGGAGAUUGAUGUCCAUGAUGUCAAUCUGCAAGAGCUACGUGCUUCAUGGGGUGAAGAGGUGUACAAGGCCGUGGUGAAUUGUUUGAUGGAAAUUGAAGAGUGUGGCAGGCUGACAGACAGAACCAUCGUGCCCGAGCUUUGGAAUUUCAAGGAGAAUAGGAAGGCUACUUGCAGUGAAUGUGUUGAGUACAUUUUCAGCCAAGUGAAGCGUCUGAAUGGUUCAAAAGGCAGGACGACUCGCAGGCAAUAAUGCGGGGACAUGACAGGAUUGUGGAAUAACCUGAAGGGCAGUUAAUGCGACCUGUACAAGUACCAAGCUUAUGGCGAAGAAUUGAAGACUGGAGGAUCUGAUUUUGUCAACAAAAAAAAAAUUCCGCAGCAAAGUGUGGCAGAACAGUGUCACUGCCUGUCAUUUAGCCGUCUAGUACUAUCUAAUUAACGCAAGCAGCUCUUGUGCCCAUCUUAUUUCAACUUUACCCUUUAGUUUUAGUGUUCUUCUAGUCUCUCGAAGCAAUUCAGCAGUAGCUGCAUUGCUUUGAACAGUCAGACUUGAUAUCUAAUAUGGGCAACUUUUGCAUAGUUGCAU